UCUGCUAAAUAUUCCUCAUCGAGCUUUCAUCUGUCCCAUUUCUAACGCCUGCAACAAUCUCCGCUCUGCUUCAUGGAUUCUGCACUCAAGUUUGCCCGUCUGUUAAUCUUCACGCUCCUCUUGUGUUUACUCCUCACUCGGCAAACUUCUGGUUCUCUCUCUCUCGCCACUGCUGUUAAUUUCUGUAAAUGUGGAAAGGGAAAGUUAUGUCUUGAAGUUGUUUCGUCUUCUGCAGAAUGCUACUCUGGUCGUGGAGGCUUCUACGCCAAGGCAGCUGCUCAACUGGUUCAAUCCAGAAAGGUGCUUUACAGCUUGGAGGCGAAGCGGGCGGCUUUGGAAACUGGGAAUCAAGCUCAUGGAUCAACAAGCACAAGCAGCUAUGGCAAUGGAGAGAACUUCGAGGAACUGAGGAAGGUUCCAUCCGGUCCAGACCCGUUGCACCAUAACGGCGGCAGCCCCAAGAAGCCCAGAACUACUCCAUGAAAACCCUAUU